GGACAAACAGCCUCUCACCAACCACUGUUACAUCUUCAGCUUAGGUAGAAAGGCAGCUGUAUACCAUCCUUGGUGCGGCACAGUGUGAGGUCUAUUUUGUCGCAGCUAAAUCUGAGUAGCACUUUAGUCUUUUUUUAUUUUUUUGCGGUGCUUUACGCGACGGAGGUGUUGUAAUAUAUUAUAAUGUAGCCGUUAGCCGUGGUUUGUUUAUCUGGCGGGGUGGACAGAGCCGAGUCUCCGUCUAGAAUACUUGUUUGACUUGUCUGUGAGGCCCAGAACAUCAAACUGGCUGAAAUGGAUGAGCAAAGUGUUGAGAGCAUUGCUGAGGUGUUUCGAUGCUUCAUUUGCAUGGAGAAACUGAGGGAUGCUCGCCUCUGUCCACAUUGCUCCAAACUCUGCUGCUUCAGCUGUAUACGACGAUGGCUGACGGAGCAGAGAGCACAGUGUCCACACUGUCGGGCUCCACUUCAGCUGAGGGAGCUUGUCAACUGUCGCUGGGCGGAGGAGGUCACCCAGCAGCUGGACACCCUGCAGCUUUGCAGCCUCACCAAGCAUGAGGACAACGAUAAAGACAAAUGUGAGAACCAUCACGAGAAGCUGAGUGUUUUCUGUUGGACCUGUAAGAAAUGCAUCUGUCACCAGUGUGCCCUGUGGGGAGGCAUGCACGGCGGCCACACCUUUAAGCCCCUGGUGGAGAUUUAUGAGCAGCAUGUGACCAAGGUGAAGGAGGAGGUUGCCAAGCUGCGCCGCCGCCUCAUGGAGCUCAUCAGUCUGGUGCAGGAAGUGGAGAGGAACGUUGAGGCAGUUAGGGGUGCAAAAGACGAGAGGGUCCGAGAGAUACGUAACGCCGUGGAAAUGAUGAUCGCUCGUCUGGAUAACCAGCUCAAGAAUAAGCUCAUCACUCUCAUGGGCCAGAAGACGUCCUUGACCCAGGAGACGGAGCUGCUGGAGUCUUUGCUGCAGGAGGUGGAGCAUCAGCUUCACUCCUGCAGUAAGAGCGAACUGAUCUCAAAGAGCCCAGAGAUCCUCCUCAUGUUCCAGCAGGUCCACCGGAAACCCAUGCAGUCCUUCGUCACCACGCCCGUCCCUCCAGACUUCACCAGUGAGCUGGUUCCUGCCUAUGACUCCAGCACUUUUGUUCUAGUCAACUUCAGCACCCUGAGGCAGCGGGCUGACCCGGUCUACAGCCCUCCCCUGCAGAUCUCUGGCCUCUGCUGGAGACUCAAAGUCUACCCAGACGGUAACGGUGUGGUUCGUGGAAACUAUCUGUCUGUGUUCCUCGAACUGUCUGCAGGACUUCCCGAAACAUCAAAAUAUGAGUACCGUGUGGAGAUGGUCCAUCAGGCCUCCAGUGACCCCACAAAGAACAUAAUUCGGGAGUUUGCCUCUGACUUUGAGGUCGGUGAAUGCUGGGGCUACAACCGCUUCUUCAGGCUUGAUCUUCUAGCCAGUGAGGGAUACCUGAACAUGCAGACAGACACACUGGUCCUCCGCUAUCAGGUUCGCUCACCUACCUUUUUCCAGAAGUGCCGAGAUCAGUACUGGUACAUCAGCCAGCUGGAGUCGGCCCAGAGUGGCUACAUCCAGCAGAUCAACAAUCUCAAAGAGAGGCUCGCUAUCGAGCUAUUUCGCCGUCAGACCUCACGCAGCUCCUCGCCUCCUGACCUGAGGCUUGCUGCGGGCACCACGACCUCUGAAAGAGACCCUCGCUCGGUGAAGAGUGACGAUGAGAUUCAGACCACUUUGAGCAACACUAAGAAAGGAGAAGAAGAAGAGAGGACGCAACACGAUGACUCUAAUGAGCUGUCAGACGGUGACCUGGAGGUGGACUGUCUGACAGAAGAGGAGGUGAACCCUCUGGAUGGCAGCAGCACUUCAGGGAGCUCCACAGCCACCAGCAACACUGAGGAGAAUGACAUAGACGAGGAGACAAUGUCCGGGGAGAAUGAUGUCGACUUCAUCGGCAACCUGGACACAGAAGAAGGAGAGCUUCCUGAUGACUUGGCUGGAGCCACGGGCGGUUCCAACUCCAGUGUGCGAUCAUUACACCGUAGUGCUGCAGCUGCUGCCGGUCGUAGUACUAGUGGCAGUGGAGCUUCCGCUGCUGCUGCUGCCGCCACCGGUGCUGUUGGGCCAGGUGGUAACAGCCUCCUGGAGAUCGACCCGGUCAUCCUGAUCCAGCUGCUGGAUCUGAAGGAGCGCAGCAGCGUGGAAUCCCUGUGGGGUCUUCAGCCUCGGCCUCCGGUGUCUCUCCUCCACAGCCAAGCUCAUCCUCACUCGAGGAAGGAACGAGAGCGGCGUCCGCAGGUGGUGCGACGAUCAGCUCCGGACUCGGGGGUCCUCAUCCGCCUCAAGGCUCAGAUGGCUGAGGUCCGCAGCAAGAUGGCCGAUGUCAAGAGUCAAGUGCUGGAGGUGCGGGGGUCAGCGGAGCCCAGGCCUGGCCCAUCUGGGGCCUUCGGCGCUGAAGAGCUCCCGUCUCAUCACGGCGAUUCAGAGAUGGCAGCUUGUCAUAAACCCAGCGAGCUUGACCUGGUGGGGAGAGCAGCUGCGACUCGAGCCAGACCCUGCCGCCCCGCCAGGAAGUCUCUGUCUCCUGUCCUGGACAGCAGCUCUCUGGUUGUGAAGAGGAGGAGUCCAGAGGAGAUGGAAAAAGACCUGAGAGGAGCAGAAGCUGCUCUGGAGCUCAGCCUGCAUCCUAAAGAUGGGAUGGGAGGAGCAGAGGGAGUGCUGAAGGCUGACAGCCUCCAGGGGCCCCUGGUGUCUCUCAGCACCGCAUCAGAGCAGCCCUCCACCUCUAAGCAGCAAUAUACGAUGGAGCAACAGCUAUACGGGGCCUCGGGGUCCAGGGAAGACAUCUUCACCUUGGCAGCAUCGAGCUACAUGGCUUCAAGCAAGAACUGUGGCAGCAGGAGCCUGGGGGCAGCUGCGUUGGACUGUGAAUCUGAGAGCUCAGGAAACUCCCAUCAGUCCUUGCCGGAGGUGCCGUCUGCACAGCUGCUGUCAUGUGAAGGUUGGUUCACCUUCUAA